AUGACGUCCUCCGCUGCCCACCCCUCCAAGGCGGGCCGGCCUGCCUCCUCGGCCCCUGGCGAUGGCCAUCAUCUUCCCCCGGGCGACAGCCAGUCCUCAUCCGCCGGGUCUGAUCUCCCUGCCGGCCUCUCGGGCCUGACCCUGCUCCUGGACAUUGUGGCCUCGCAGCGCGAGCAACUCGACGCUCCGGCCGCCGCCGCCGCCGCCGCCACCGCCAACCCUGCCGACACCACCAGCACCGGCACCACCACGGGCGCCACCGGCCCGGCCGCCCCCUCGGGCUCAUCGCUCAUCAAGGCGGAGCCCCUCUCGCCAGCCGUCCCCAUGGCGGAAUUCUCGCCAGGCGUGCCGGCUCCAGCCCCGGCCGGGGCCCCUGGCCCGGCCCCGAUGGACCUGGCCACAUCGCACCCGAAGAAGCGCAAGGCCUCCAGCGGUCCGACCGCCGAUGCCGGGGUCGCGUCCAACGGCGAGGCGCCCCUGCCACUCGCCCGGCCGGUCAAACGCCACGCGCCGGCCGACCUUGCCUCGGCCGACGCGAUGGCUGUCAUGAAUGCCGGUGCGAUUGUCCCCUCCACUGUGCCGAUGAUCUCCGCUUCGCUUCUCCCGAAGUCCAGCCCCGCCACUGGCCAGGAUCCCAUGUUUGGACUGCUGGCCCCCUCGGCGUCGGACUCGCGCCUUGCGUCGCCGAUGGUGUCCCCCUUGAACCUGCUCCCCCAGUCGGAUCUCCUCUCUUCGAUGGGUCUCUCCCUCGGCGGUGAUGGCAGUCCGAAUGCCAGCCCGGCACUGACCCAGCUCCUGACCGGCGGAGGCGCGGUCGGCGCGGUCGGCUCGGUCGGCUCGGUCGGCUCGGUCGGCUCGGUCGGCUCGGUCGGCUCGGUCGGCUCGGUCGGCUCGGUCAAUACUUCCGGCAUCAUUCCCGGUGUUCUGCCUGGCUGCUUCUCCAACCUGUCCAUUCCGCUGGUGCAGAACGCCCAAGCCGGUACACUGAUCGGCAGUCCUGGCGGCGGCCAGACCAUCCUCACUGUUCCAUCCCCCCUCACCCAGCAGUUUGUUGCCACCGCCUCUCCCGGGAGCUCCAUGGCACAAGUCGGCGCCGGGUCCUCGGCCGGGCGUGGGCUUCUCCUGCCGAUGGCCGAUCAGCGUCUGCCCUCCAGUCUCAACUCCGCCAAUUCGCUCUUCCUCCAGAGCAUCAAUCCCCGACUGAAUGCCGGGGCCAUCGGGCCGGCCAUGUCCCCGCCGGCCCUGCUCUCCCGGUCCCCCUCUUCGGACAUCCUGGUCCCCUCCAGCAUGCAGCACUAUUCGCUGGUGCUGCUGCACGCGUGCGUGGCCCAGAAGUCCUACGGCAGUGAGAAGCGCUUCCUCUGCCCGCCGCCGUUGAUUCACUCGCUGCCGGCCUUGCCGUCGUUGCCGCUGGCCACCGAUGCCACCGGCGCCGGUGGUGCUCCCGGCGGAGCGUCCGAUGGCAAAUCCCCGGCCAGUCGGCCGCACGUGCGCAUGCGCAUCCUCCAUGACGGCGCUCCGGCCCUCCUUUCGGCCAGCGGGGCCGGCAUGUCGCCGGUUGUCACUCCGGGCGCCUCGCCGACCAUCGGCUCCGGGCGUCGGGCCGGUGGCUCCUCCGGUCCGGCCUCCCCCGUGGGGUCGGCUUCUUCACUGGACAACCUGCUGCUUGGCGGGUCGACCGCCGCCGCCGCCGCCGGCCCCGGGGCCCAGGGCAGCGGCAAGCUUUCUGCCCGGCGUGGGGGAUCUCCCUCCAUGCAAAGUGGCGGCAUGGUCAAUCAGGCAGCCGUGACGGCCGCUGCGGCUGCCACCAUCGAGCAUCGCGAGUUUUUGGAAUCCCCUCACCCCCUCGGGCCGCCGGCCGCGGUGCCUGGUGCCGCGCGGGCCGUCUUCAAGUACAUGCACGUCAAUGGCGCCGGGUCUGCCGACUCCACCGGCAAUCGGUUUAAGUCCUUCAUCCUCCGGGCUGGGGUGUACCUCGACGAUCACUCGCCCCUGCUGUCCUUCGACAGCGCUCCGGUGUCCAUCAUCAGCAAGCCCUCCAAGAAGACCACGCGCAUGCGCAAUAACUUGCUGGUCAUCACUUCCGGCGUGCUGGUGGCCCUCUUUAAUCGUGUCAACUCGCAAACCGUCCGCACCAAGUACAUGGCCAUGGACCCGCCCGGGACCGGGGGCCCGGACACCGGCCCCACCGGCCUCCGACCGGCAACCGCCACCACCAGCGCCGGUUCCUCCGCCUCCAGCUCCUUCGACAACCUGGCGGCCGCGGCCGCGGCCUCCACCUCGGCCUCGACCGGUGGCAGCACGGCCGGUAGCUAUCGGCUGGUGGCCCGGUCCGGCACCUGGGCUCCUUUCAUCAUCCAUGGGAUCGGUCGCGAUGGGCGCCUCCUGCCCAAGGGCACCCCGCUGCUGUAUAACAUGCCGGUGGUUUUGGAAAGUCGCCCUCUGGAGGCGCUGCUCGAUGUGGCCGAGGCCGGCCUCGAUGAAGGCACCGCUGUCGGCGGGGGCGGUUCCAUGAUGGUGCUGUCGACGCCCGGUGCCGAGGCCACCGGCGGGAUGGAUGCUUCCGGGGGGGGUCUCCCCUCGAAUGGCAGCGGGGCUGGCGGUGGCGGUGGCAAUGGGGCCGGCGGCCUGCAGCAGGUGCCCACCCCCACCGGCGCUCUGUCCGAUGUGAUGAUUCUGCGCCGGGUGACGCGUGAUGCCAUGGUGCAAAAUGGCCGCUCGGCCCCCUAUGCCGAUCAGCAAAAUGCCGGCUCGGUGAGCCAGCUCCAAAAGGUGGCCCUGCAAUUGGCCAAUGCCCCGGCCGGGUGGCCGAUCCUCGGCCCGGGUCCGGAUGCCGGGACGACCGCCGGCGGUGGCGGUGGCGGCGCGACCGGCGCGACCGGCACGACCGCCGGCCAUGGUGGCUGCUUGCGCAUGGUCCCCGGCCGUGAUACCUCCCAGGCGGGGGUCAGUGUCGGGUGCUGCCGGCCACAUUCCUCCCCGGCCGGGGGGCGUAAUGCCGCGGCGGCGCUUGACAUGUGCUCCGCCUCCUGCCCGUGCGGCUGUGCUUCGGCCCAGGCGGCCGAUGAGCCGCUCUAUCUGAGCACCAGCAAUGGCGAUUCGCUGUGCUACCAUCGGGCCAUCUCCACCGGGACGGGCGAUGCGGCCGGGUCCCGGCCCGUCGGGGGCAAUGCCCCCGGCAGUGGUGGUGGGUGCAGCGGCCAUGCGCCGGUGGAUGGUGCGGCCGACCGGCGCGCGGGCAUGGCACUCGAGCCGGCUGGCAGCGGCAGCAGCGGCUCGCUGGUCCCCUCGGAGCUGAACCUAUGUGGGGUCCUGAGUGAUGCCUUCAUGUGCUGGACCAUUGUCUGUGUGGAUGCGCGCCAUGUGCGCUUCUCCAUCCGCACGGAUGCCCCGGCGGCGGCGGUUGCGGCGGCGGCGGCAGCGGCGGCGGCGGCCGCCGUGUCCCCCAGCCCCAGCGGCGAUCUUCUGCCGAUGGUCGGCCGGCCGGCGCUGGUGAACUUGCGCGCGCCGUCGCGAUCGGUGGCCGGGGCACAGGCCAGCCCGCCGAUGGCCGGCGCGCCGCCAUCUGCCACUGGUCCUGGGUCCGAUGUGACGGCAUUUGUCACCAGUGUCGGCGGCCGGCGGCGCGUGUCGCCCAUCCCCCCCCCGACGGCUGGGACUCUCCUGCCGACGGCCGGGGGCGAUGUCAUGGGCGCCAGCUCCGGACAGUUGCCCUUUGGCGUCAUGUCCGUCUCGUCCAUGGCGACGGCCGUGACCUCGGAUCUGGUUCCUGGUGGCGGCUCGCCGCUGCUCAGCAGCCAGUCGCAGCAGCUCCACCAGGCCUUCCAUCAUCAUCACCUCGGCCUGCAUCACCAGCACCAUCAGCAGUCGCAGCAGCAGUCGCAGUCACAGUCGCAGCAGCAGUCGCAGCAGCAGUCGCACUCGGCACCUGGCACACCGUUGAUGCCCCUGAACCUGCUCGGCGGGCAUCAAUUUGCCUUCAACGCGGGUGCCCCCGCCGGCAGCGGCAGCAGUGGCAAUACCCAGAGCGGCAUCAACACGCCCGUCAUCUUGAGCCCGGUUCUGUCCGAUGGCUCCGGGGCCGCGGUGUCCGGGGGCCUGCACCAAUCUCUUGGUGCCGGGGCCGGGCUUUCGCUUGGCGAUCUGUCCAAGCUGACCCCGACGCUGGACUCGCUGUCGAGCUCGCCGCUGUUUGGCGGGACUGCCUCAGGCAACAAUGUCGGCCUGUCCGCCGCCAGCAUGGGUCUCACCCUGGGCAAUCAGCAGCAGCAGCAGCAGCAGCAGCAGCAGCAGCAGCAGCAGCAGCAGCAGCAGCAGCAAUUCCGUCAGCAGCAACAGCAACAGCAACAGCAACAGCAGCAACAGCAGCAACAGCAGGCACAGCAAGCUCAACUCCAGCAACAAUACCAACAGUAUCGCCAACUCCAGCAGGCUCAACUUCAGCAGGCCCAGCAGCAGCAGCAGCAGCAGCAACAACAGCAGCAGCAGCAAUCCUCCGAAGAGGAUGCCCUCCUCUCGGGCGGCAUUCAGCUCCAGCGCCUGCAUCAGCUCCAGCAGCUCCAGCAAUUCCGCCAGCUGCAGCUCCAGCAGCAGGCCAACAUGGUCCAGCUCCAGGGGAGUGGCAGCAGUGGCAGCCUCCCUCUGAUGGCAUCAGUCUCCGGGGGACAGCAGUUGUCCUUCUCUCCGGGCUUUGGCAGCCUCAUGUCCAAUGGCCUGGCGGCCGAUGCCAGUGGCGGGCUUCUCCUCUCGGGCAGCAGCUCCGACACGCUGGUGGUCGGUGAUCGCUCGGACUCACAGGCAAGCCAGACGGGCGGCAACACGGCCGUCAUGCGCACCUGA